AUGCUUGCAGAAUGUGGUGCUGAUAUUGCUUGCACAAAUACAAUUAACAAAUGGACAGCAUUACAUCAUGCUUGUUAUUGGGAUCGUCUUCCUGUAGUUGAGUACCUUUGCACACUCCCAGGACUUGAUAUUAAUGCCAAGAAUAUUGGUGGCGAUACAGCACUCCAUAAAGCUUGUGACCACUGUAGAGUUGAAGUUGUGAAGUUCCUUGUUACAGUUAAAGGUAUUAAACUUAAUGAAAAGAACAAUAAAGGCAAAACACCACUUAGAAGUACCAAUAAUAACGAUAUUAAGACAAUUCUUCGAAAUCUUGGAGCAACAUAA